AUGGAGAACAAUAAGAUUACUAUGUUCCGGUCACUCGAUGCUCACCUAACUAACUACACCAUCAAGGCCAAGAUCAUAUCAUUGUGGCAUAAAAAAAUGAAUGGUGAUGAAAAGCAAAUAUAUCGAGUUGAUAUGGUCUUGAUGGAUGAGGAGGGUUCAUUUAUGCAAUGUAGUUGUUUGAACAAGCUUUUCAAACGGUUCCUCAAGCAUUUGGUUGUUGAUGACUGUUUAUUGAUUUACAAACCAUCUCUUGCAAAAGAUACUACAAAGAUAAAGGUUACGGGAAAAGAUCAGAAGCUAUCUUUGUAUCCAUUCAGUUCUGUUCUGAAAAUAGAGAAUUGGUCUGGGCCUCGCUACUAUUUUCGUUUCACUGAUUUUAAAUCUGUGUUGACCAAAAAAGUUCCAGCUAAUACUCCUAUAGAUUUUCUUGGAUACGUGGUUGUGUCUUAUCCUAUUGAGGAUGUGGAUAAAAAGGAUGGCACUAAAACCAAACGAAUGAACCUAACUCUCAAAGAUCUCCAUGAUACCAAGAUUAGUCUUACAUUAUGGGAAAACUAUGCAAUCGAGAUGUCCGAUUACAUGAAUGGUAAGGACCGCGAAGAUCAUGUGGUUCUUCUUGUGCAUUUUGGCACGGUAAACAUCUAUCAAGGUACUCAUUUCAAAUAUAUUUAA